AUAGUGUUUGCUAGCCGUGCGUAGUAGAUUACGCAGUUGUGCAGCCCUUCGCGCCGGCGACGCGAUCAUACGAGCAAGCGGGCUGCCGCACCGGUAAGGGCAGCCCCAUUGUACAUACAGCAGCUGCACAAGUGCUAGCGUUGGCAACCAAGAUGCUCGCGACGCCGCGGGUCCGCAAGAGCCACGUCGACAGCAUCGUCUUCGAGGCCGAGUCGCGGCGCCAGGAGGCCGCGGCGUCCGCGGCCAAAAAGUUCGGUACGACGAAGGGCGUCUUCGUGCCCACCAUACAAAACAUCAUGGGCAUCAUUUUGUUUGUCAGAGUGCCGUUCAUCGUGGGACAGGCCGGCAUUAUUCAGGGACUCGGUAUUGUUUGGUUGUCGUGCGCUACGGCACUACUAACAGCCAUGUCGAUGUCCGCGGUGGCGACCAAUGGUAGGCCUAAGUCAGGAGGCUGCUACGCCAUCGUCAAGAAUUCGCUCGGUGCGCAGUUCGGCGGCGUCACUGGGGCGUUGCUCUUCUUGUCAAAAACUUUUGGGGCCGCGAUGAACGUGCUAGGAUGCGUGGAAGUGCUGCAGCUCUCCUUCCCAUCUACUUUUGGUGAUUUGCCGAUGCGGAUGUUGGGUGCUAUUAUAUUGACAGGACUGGCGGUUAUUGCUUUUGUGGGCGUCGAAUACGUGGUGCGAUUCGCGGUAAUGUUCUUAUUUCCAGUGGUAUUAGCCGUGGCCGCGAUCUGGGUGGGGGUUGUCGUGCACACAGUCGGUGACGGAAAACAAUCGCAAGGCAUCGUCGGCAUUUCCGGACAAGUCUUAAGGAACAACUUGGAUGCGGAAUACAAUCAAAGGGCGGGCGUCGAGUGGUCCUUCAAGGCGUGCCUGGCGCUGUUUUUCCCAGCCGUUACGGACGUUUUAGCGGGCUCAAGCCUAUCAGGGGAUCUGGAGGACCCCCAAUCAUCAAUACCACCAGGAACAAUCGCCGCGGUCGUCGUCACCACUAUUGUUUUCUCGAUCCAAGUCAUCCUCGUGGCGGGCGGUUCCGUGCGAAGAGAUGCAUUAAUAGAAUUCCCGCUCAAAGACUUCCCGCGUGUGCCCCGGUUUGUGGUCAAAGACUUGGCUUGGCCACACGAGUUAAUCGUUGUAGUGGGCGUCUUCCUCUCGACGCUGGGUGCGGCCUUACAAAGCUUGACGGGGGCACCUCGCGUACUAGCAGCGCUAGGCAAGGACGACCUCGUGCCCAUCCUGAGGCAUUUCGCACCUUCGGGAGACGGCGCGCCGCGCAAAGCAAUAUUGUUCUGCGCCUCGUUGUCCAUGGGCCUCGUCAUGGUCGGAGAUUUAAAUGCAGUAGCACCAUUCAUCACGCUAUGGUACCUGACGUGCUACGCCAUUAUAAAUAUGGCAUGUGCCUAUCUCGGAUAUGAAAAACACCCGUCCUUCCGACCUACUUAUAGGCUGUUCAAGUGGCAGGUGUCUCUACUUGGUGCAUGUGUAUGUUUCUUCGUCAUGUUUUAUACGCAUGAGCUGAAUGCGUUGGGCGCUUUGGCUGUCGCGGGCUUGCUCUACAAGUACAUCGAGACGCAGCCGGGAGCGAGUACAACGACGGCCCACGGCGAGUCCGAGCUCCCGAUCUUCGAGCGCGAGCCCGAGAGUCCGGGCGCGUCCGAUUCGGAGACUGAAACGAUGUGCGUGUCGCCGGCGCAUCGACAGGGUCCGUCGGACUGGCGCUCCGGCAGCCGCUUCAAGACGGCACGGAACGCGAUGCUCGCGCUCGAGGAGGGCGACCUGCAGUUCAAGUACUGGCGGCCCUUCGUGCUGUUCCUGUGCGACAUCGAUGCUGAUGCGAAUUACAUGUGGCAGCGAGGCAUGCUCGACGCGUUGGCGCAGCUCGUACGACGGGGCAAGGGCUUGGCCCUGGUGAAUGGCGUCGUCAUCGACGAGGUGGCGGAACCGUCGCUCCGGAAGGCGCGGAAGGCGCGGCGGCGGCUCCGGGCCUUGCUGCGAGAUCGGGGCGUCCAGGGCUUCGCGGACGUCGUCGUGUCGCCGUCGCACGAAGAAGGCCGUAAAUAUCUCCUACAAACGAAGGGCCUGGGGUAUUUCCGGCCGAACACCGUGGCGCUGGGCUGGCCUACGGAUACUAAGAGGGACGCUCGAGGUUUCCUGAGGACCAUGGACGACACCACGGCGAUGCUGAAGACUCUACUCGUGUUCGCGGGUGACAGGGUUUUCCCCGGCGCCAAGGACCCGCCUCUACGAGGUAGAGUUGAUGUGUGGAUGGUCUUCGACCUGUUCCCCGCUGCGGGGCUGUUGUUACUGAUCCCGUUUUUGCUCUUGAGGGACGACAAGUGGACGCAGUGCGAGCUGAGACUCUUCGUUGUAUCGCCACGAACGGACGCUGGGAUAGAGGACGACGGUAAAUUGGAGGAGGCCGUCAAGUCCAUGCUCAAGGCGGGUGGUGUUUUGGCGAAGGUGCUGGUGUUGCGCCUGGGCGAGGAAGAUGACCCUCGAUUUGCCAGGGACGCGUCUUUCGCAACACCGACAACACCGACGCGCCAGCAGUCCAUGCGGACGCGCGCACGGGGGCUGACGCGCGGGUCCUCGUUAACUGCUGAAGAAAAAGAAGUUUUCGCCGAGGCGUUUCCGCCACUGCCCCCGGAGCCGCCCUCCCCGAUCUCGCCGCCGUCGCCCAUGCGGCGCAUGGAAUCGACGGCCAAGACGAAGCUCACGAAGCUGUUGAACGAGCAUUCGGGGUCGAGCGAACUCGUGCUGAUCCGCCUUCCCCCCCGGAAACGCGGGCAGCCUCCACAAGAAUGGAUGGUCUCCGUGGAUCGCCUGAUCGAGGGCCUGCGGCGCGUCAUUUUGAUCCGCGAGUCGGGGGCGGAGAAGGUGCAGUUCUUUCAGUAGUGUGAAGUGGUCUAGUUCUAAAUGAUGAUUCAGGUCACUCUCAAAUCAAACUUAC